AUGUCCAGACGGCUGGGAUUCAAUCUUAUGUGUCCAGACGGCUGGGAUUCAAUCUUAUGUGUCCAGACGGCUGGGAUUCAAUCUUAUGUGUCCAGACGGCUGGGAUUCGUUCUUAUGUCAGACAUAAUGCGAAUUCAAAGAAUUCUUAUGUUUAACUACAAAAUGGUUGCUUUCUUGGCUGUUUCAUUGACA